GGCCGCCGCAGCCUCUGUGCGGUGGGACCCACGGACCGACAGACGCACGCUCCCACCGCGGCGCGGGCGCUGCAGAGGCCCCCAGCCCGAGCCCGCGCCUGAGCCCGUCUUGCGGCCCCCGCUCAUCGGCCUGUCCGCCGCUCUUCCCGCGGAGCCGCCAAGAUGGGGGACAAAAAAGAUGACAAGAGCUCGCCCAAGAAGAGCAAGGCCAAAGAGCGCCGGGACCUGGAUGACCUCAAGAAGGAAGUGGCUAUGACAGAGCACAAGAUGUCAGUGGAAGAGGUCUGCCGGAAAUACAAUACCGACUGCGUGCAGGGUCUGACACACAGUAAAGCCCAGGAGAUCCUAGCCCGGGAUGGGCCUAACGCCCUCACGCCGCCGCCCACCACCCCAGAAUGGGUCAAGUUCUGCCGACAGCUAUUUGGUGGCUUCUCCAUCCUGCUGUGGAUCGGGGCGAUCCUUUGCUUUCUGGCCUACGGCAUCCAGGCAGGGACUGAGGAUGACCCUUCCCGUGACAAUCUGUACCUGGGCAUAGUGCUGGCCGCCGUGGUGAUCAUCACAGGCUGCUUCUCCUACUACCAAGAAGCCAAGAGUUCUAAGAUCAUGGAGUCCUUCAAGAACAUGGUUCCCCAGCAAGCCCUUGUGAUCCGGGAAGGCGAAAAGAUGCAGGUGAACGCGGAGGAGGUGGUGGUCGGGGACCUGGUGGAGAUCAAGGGUGGCGACCGGGUACCAGCUGACCUGCGCAUCAUCUCGGCCCACGGCUGCAAGGUGGACAACUCCUCCCUGACCGGCGAAUCUGAGCCCCAGACCCGCUCCCCGGACUGCACACACGACAACCCCCUGGAGACUCGGAACAUCACCUUCUUUUCCACCAACUGCGUGGAAGGCACCGCCCGGGGUGUGGUGGUGGCCACGGGUGACCGCACCGUCAUGGGCCGCAUUGCCACCCUGGCUUCGGGCCUGGAGGUGGGCAAGACGCCCAUUGCCAUCGAGAUUGAGCAUUUCAUCCAGCUCAUCACAGGCGUGGCCGUGUUCCUGGGCGUCUCCUUCUUCAUCCUCUCCCUCAUUCUGGGCUACACCUGGCUCGAGGCGGUCAUCUUCCUCAUUGGCAUCAUUGUGGCCAAUGUCCCAGAGGGGCUGCUGGCCACUGUCACGGUGUGCCUGACGCUGACCGCCAAGCGCAUGGCUCGCAAGAACUGUCUGGUGAAGAACCUGGAGGCGGUGGAGACCCUGGGCUCCACAUCCACCAUCUGCUCGGACAAGACCGGCACCCUCACCCAGAACCGCAUGACCGUCGCCCACAUGUGGUUUGACAACCAGAUACACGAGGCUGACACCACUGAGGAUCAGUCUGGGACCUCUUUCGACAAGAGCUCACACACCUGGGUGGCCCUGUCCCACAUCGCUGGCCUCUGCAACCGUGCUGUCUUCAAGGGCGGGCAGGACAACAUCCCUGUACUCAAGAGGGACGUGGCCGGUGAUGCCUCCGAGUCUGCCCUGCUCAAGUGCAUUGAGCUGUCCUCGGGUUCCGUAAAACUGAUGCGUGAACGGAACAAGAAAGUGGCCGAGAUCCCCUUCAACUCCACCAACAAAUACCAGCUAUCCAUCCACGAGACUGAGGACCCCAAUGACAACCGGUACCUGCUAGUGAUGAAGGGAGCCCCCGAACGCAUUCUGGACCGCUGUGCCACCAUCCUCCUGCAGGGCAAGGAGCAGCCUCUGGACGAGGAGAUGAAGGAGGCCUUCCAGAACGCCUACCUCGAGCUCGGUGGCCUGGGCGAGCGUGUGCUGGGUUUCUGCCAUUACUACCUGCCCGAGGAACAGUUCCCCAAGGGCUUUGCCUUUGACUGUGAUGACGUGAACUUUACCACAGACAACCUUUGCUUCGUGGGUCUCAUGUCCAUGAUUGACCCUCCCCGGGCAGCCGUCCCUGAUGCUGUGGGGAAGUGCCGAAGCGCAGGCAUCAAGGUCAUCAUGGUCACCGGCGAUCACCCCAUCACUGCCAAGGCCAUUGCCAAGGGUGUAGGCAUCAUCUCCGAGGGCAACGAGACCGUGGAGGACAUCGCGGCGAGACUCAACAUCCCCGUCAGCCAGGUCAACCCCAGGGACGCCAAAGCCUGUGUGAUUCACGGCACCGACCUCAAGGACUUCACCUCUGAGCAGAUUGACGAGAUCCUACAGAACCACACUGAGAUCGUCUUUGCCCGGACCUCGCCUCAGCAGAAACUCAUCAUCGUGGAGGGCUGUCAGAGACAGGGAGCAAUUGUGGCUGUGACUGGUGAUGGUGUGAAUGACUCCCCUGCUCUGAAGAAGGCUGACAUUGGGGUGGCCAUGGGCAUUGCUGGCUCUGAUGUCUCUAAGCAGGCCGCCGACAUGAUUCUGCUGGAUGACAAUUUUGCCUCCAUUGUCACUGGUGUGGAGGAGGGCCGCCUGAUCUUUGACAACCUGAAGAAAUCCAUCGCCUACACUCUGACCAGCAACAUCCCUGAGAUCACACCCUUCCUGCUCUUCAUCAUGGCCAACAUCCCACUGCCCCUUGGCACCAUCACCAUCCUCUGCAUUGACCUGGGCACCGACAUGGUCCCUGCAAUCUCCUUGGCCUACGAGGCUGCUGAGAGCGACAUCAUGAAGAGGCAGCCCAGGAACCCGCGCACAGACAAACUGGUCAACGAAAGGCUCAUCAGCAUGGCCUAUGGGCAGAUCGGGAUGAUCCAGGCCCUUGGUGGUUUCUUCUCCUAUUUCGUCAUCCUGGCAGAGAACGGAUUCUUGCCCGGGAACCUGGUGGGCAUCCGGCUCAACUGGGACGAUCGCACUGUCAACGACCUGGAGGACAGUUACGGACAGCAGUGGACUUACGAGCAGAGGAAGGUGGUUGAGUUCACAUGCCACACGGCCUUCUUCGUGAGCAUAGUGGUGGUCCAGUGGGCCGACCUGAUCAUCUGCAAGACCAGGAGGAACUCCGUCUUCCAGCAGGGCAUGAAGAAUAAGAUCUUGAUCUUCGGCUUGUUCGAGGAGACGGCCCUCGCUGCCUUCCUGUCCUACUGCCCAGGCAUGGACGUGGCCCUUCGUAUGUAUCCUCUCAAGCCCAGCUGGUGGUUCUGUGCCUUCCCCUACAGUUUCCUCAUCUUCGUCUAUGACGAGAUUCGCAAACUCAUCCUGCGCAGGAACCCUGGGGGUUGGGUGGAGAAAGAGACCUACUAUUGACCUCAACCACCACGUCACCCACGUCUUCCCUGCCCCCGGCCCAGGACGGCCCUCUCCGGUCCCCCCAUUUUGUACUCUGGGGGGAGGGGCCUUCUCUCCCCAUGGCCCCCCUCUCUCCUUGUGGCCCAGCCUCCUCUCCCACACUCGGUUACCUCCCAGUUUCCCUCACUUCUCCCUCUGGCUGGCUUCUCUCCCCCACAGCCCC